UGCUCGAGGCAACGGUCUCUGUUUCGUCUCGGGAGAGUAAAGUCUCUCUGUCUCUCUCUCUCUCUCUCCGAGCGUCCGCCAUGGAGGAUGAUCGAGAUCGGGGGCUUCUUUACGAUUCAGAUCCGCCGUCUCCAUCGCUCUCCCCGCCACUCUCCCCGACGCGGCCGUUCGCGCUUACCUUCUUCGACAGGGAGAGGCACGUGACGUUCCUGGAGAUGAUGUACCACAUGCUCCCUCGCCCCUACCAGUCGCAGGAGAUCAACCACCUCACCCUCGCCUACUUCGUCAUCUCCGGCCUCGACAUCCUCGACGCCCUCGAUCGCGUACACAAAGAUGCGGUUGCUGACUGGGUUUUAUCUUUCCAAGCUCAUCCGAGGAGUAAAGCUGAUCUAGACAAUGGACAAUUUUAUGGGUUUCAUGGUUCCAGAAGCUCACAGUUCCCUUCAAAAGAUAAUGCGAUUUUUACUCCAAAUGGAAGUCAUUUGGCAAGCACAUACUCUGCCCUGGCAAUACUGAAAAUUGUUGGCUACAAUUUAUCUAACAUUGAUUCUGAAUCCAUGUUAACAUCAAUGAGAAAUCUUCAACAGUCUGAUGGAAGCUUUAUGCCCAUUCAUAUUGGGGCAGAAAGAGAUCUUCGGUUUUUAUAUUGUGCUGCGGCCAUUUGCUUUAUGUUGAAUAACUGGAAUGGCAUGGACAGGGAGAAAGCUAAAGAGUAUAUAUUAAAUUGUCAGUCAUAUGAUGGCGGCUUUGGGUUGAGUCCAGGCUCAGAAUCUCAUGGUGGUGCUGCAUAUUGUGCCAUCGCAUCUCUGCGAUUGAUGGGAUUCAUUGGAGAUGAUUGUUUGUCUAAUGCAUCUGCACCCAGUUCAAAAGCGAACAUACGGUCGCUACUCGAUUGGAGCUUGCAGAGGCAGUUUGCUGAUGGUGGAAUUCAAGGUAGACCCAAUAAGCCUAGUGAUACAUGUUAUGCCUUCUGGAUUGGAGCAACAAUGGGGAUUCUAGGGGCAAACAAAUUUAUUGAUGAGAUGGCAUUGAGAAGCUUUCUAUUGACUUGCCAAUCUGAGUAUGGUGGGUUCGCUAAGUCCCCCGGAGUGCUACCAGAUCUGUAUCACUCUUACUAUGGAUUGGCUGCAUUCAGUAUCCUGGGUGAAGCUGGACUAAAGCCACUCUGUCUGGAACUUGGAGUGACAGAAGCUGCUGCAACGGGUCUCUGA